GGUUCCCUGAUCUUCGUGGUGUGUGUGAGAGUGUGUGUGUGUGUUAUAGACAGAGAAUGGAAGAGAGCAGCCGCAGUAUGAAACGGUGUGUGCAGCUGCUGCUGCUGCUGCUGCUGCUGGCGGUCGCCUGCGCACACGGAGCCCCCGCCAACAAAACGCCCCCCAGUUCCUGCAAGGACGGCUUAGCUACGGCAGCUGCAGCUCAGGCCAUGGACAAAAUCAACCAGGAGCGCAGCGAGGGAUACGUCUUCAGCAUGGAGCGCCUCAGCAACGUCCACCAGAUGCGCCACGGGGAAACUGGAGUUGUGUAUUAUCUAACAAUCGAUGUCCUGGAGACCAAGUGUCACGUCCUCAGCAAGAAGAACUGGAGGAACUGCAGUGUUCGAGAUAUUGGUGAAAAUCCGGUUUAUGGUCAGUGUAAGGCGGUGAUGUACAUCAAUAGAGUUCACAGAGUGUCUCGCCUCUACAAAUACAGCUGUGGAGUCCGGCCUGUCCCCGCCUCCAAAAUUGCAGCGGUCUGCCCUGACUGUCCGGUUCUGUUCCCUCUGGAUCAUGAAGAAGUCCAAAAGACGAUGAAGCUGGGCAUGGAGAAAUUUAACAAGGAGCACAUGCCUGCUAACUACUUUAUUCCCCUUAACAUCACCAGAGCUACCAGCCAGGGAGGGAUUAUGACCUUUUACAGCGUGGAGUUCACCAUCCAGGAGACAGUCUGCUCCAACAACACUGAUUUAGCUGAGAUUUCAAAAUGUGACGUCAUGGUCUGCGAGUUUGCACACAAGGGUCUUUGCAAAGCCAGCCUUUCUCGAUCCAAUGGAAACGAGCACCUGAGUGUGGAGUGUGAAAUCUUCGAACCUGAGGCUGCCGAGGAGGAGAAGAAGAGGCAUCUGCUGGGAGGAGAGCUGGAUCACAGCCACAGCAACAUCGGUGAUAAGUCUUUAGGGCAUGACCACACUCAUGACCACACCCACUCCCACACUCACACUCACUCACACGACCAUGACCACGCCCAAGGCCACGCCCACGACCACGACCACAAGGCCUCGCACGCCCACGACCACUCCCAGGACUCCGGCCACCACCACACGCACGAACACAGCGAGGGUCACGGCCACUCCCACAGCCACGCCCACUCUCACGACCACAGUCACGACCACGAUCACGGCCACGCCCACCACGUCAAAGCCCACAACCACACCCAGGACCAGGGCAAGCACCCCCAUCACAACUACGGCCACGGCAACGAGGAAACCCACGAGCACGACCACGAACUGGCGCUGGAUCACGAGCACAAACACGCGCAUCUCCACGAGCACGAGCACCACCACCACCACCACGAGCACCAGCACGACACUGUGGCCAAGCGGCCCGAGGGCGUGGUCUACUUCCUCCCCUCCAUGGACAAGCCCAUGACCCUCCCCGCCUUCCCCCUGGAGCCCGUGGCAGAUCCGGCACAGCCCACCACGCUGGCCCUGCACCCGGACCCCCAGAUCCCCGGAGAGAGGGAGCCCACCAUCAAGCCCUUCCCCGCCGGCCUGUCCAAAGACUGUCCUGCAGACUUCAAGACUGAGAACAAGCUCAUCAAGGAGGUCUUCGCUCAGGACCCUCUCUUCAAAAGCAUGUGACAAAAAAGCUGAAUGUAGCUGAUAAUGUCCUGAUGUGCAAUAAAAAGAGCAUGAUUGGAAAAAAA